CAAAAAACCUGGUAAAACCCAGCAAGGAAAAACAGAGAAGAUCAUUUUUGGUUUGGCUGAAAGUGAAAAUCACAGUCCAUUUCCUUGUUUGGGGCAGGCUCACGUGACAAGGGUAAUAAAUUGAUUGUCUCCUGUUGGCACCGGCAUUGGGCGGCUGCUGCUUUGGUGAGCGGCUGUGUUCGGCUACGGAGUUAGCAAACAAUUGGCAGAAAAGAGAAAAUUAUUCUCUGAGGGGGGUCAGAUAUUGGAUGAGUACAAUUUGGAAAAGUCUGCCAGCUGAAAGAUGUUCAGGAUGGAGAGACACGUUUGGUUGAUGGCCUUUUGUGUUAUUGUCGCGUCUGCACCCCAGUGGCGCAGGGACCCCAAGCUGAACAAGUACUGGGAAUUAUGGAAAAAGAAAUACGGUAAAGAGUACCAAAAUAAGAAUCAAGAAGAGCUGCGUCGAAUGACUUGGGAAAAGAACGUACAAUUUAUCGCGCUGCACAAUCUCGAAUAUUCGCUGGGCUUGCAUUCUUAUGAACUUGGGAUGAAUAACUUAGGAGAUAUGACCAAUGAGGAAGUGUCAUUGCUCCUGACCGGCUUGAAGAUCCCAUCCUGGUGGAACCGAAAUUCCACAUCGCAUAAAUCCAUCGUAGGCAUCAGCAUUCCUGACUCCAUAGACUGGAAGGCCAAAGGAUAUGUCACAAAUGUUAAAGACCAGUAUUCAUGUGGCGCUUGCUGGGCCUUCAGUGCGGUUGGCGCCCUGGAAGCUCAAUUAAAACGCAAGACUGGAAAACUGGUGUCGCUUAGCUCACAGAAUCUUGUUGAUUGCUCCAAUUUCUAUGGGAACCAUGGCUGUAAUGGAGGUUACAUGCCUGCUGCUUUCCAGUAUAUCAUAGAUAAUAAAGGAAUCAACUCCGAGGCUACCUAUCCAUAUAAGGCCAAGGAUGGGCUAUGUCAUUAUAAUCCCGCUGCACGAGCUGCUACCUGUUCUAAAUAUAUCUUGCUUCCUUCUGGUAAUGAGACUUACCUUCAGGAUGCUGUAGCCAAGAUUGGACCAGUGUCAGUGGCCAUCAAUGCAAACCAGCCAACAUUCUUUCUGUAUAAGCAAGGAGUUUAUAAUGAUGCCAGAUGCACCAGUCAGCAUUUGAAUCAUGCCGUCCUUGUGGUUGGAUACGGAAAGGAGAAUGGCAUGGAUUACUGGCUUGUGAAGAACAGCUGGGGAAUCAAUUUUGGCCAUGAAGGCUAUAUUAAAAUUGCCAGAAAUCAAGGGAAUCGCUGCGGAAUCGCCAGCUACUGCUCGUAUCCAUUAAUUUAGAUGGCAUCUCCAGUUUGCAGUGGAUAUUUUCUUCGCUUGAGAAGCCCUAUUAGGCAGCUAAUCUUAGCCUUUAAAUAUAUAAAAAUCUAACUGUUGCAUUUGGGAAGAGCGAUUGAUCGCCAAAACCCAGAUCUUCCAUUUGGCUCCACCUGGUAGAUCUGAGACAAGCAGCCCAAAUGAGGGUUUAUCUGGGUUUAGUUUGGAAUUUGCUAACGAUCCCUGGGGCACUGCCAGGCUUAAUCGGUUAAUCAGGUAAUGUCUGCCAAUCUGCUUUGAACAAGCAAAGAGCACUGGGUAAUUGUCAGGGAUUUCCAUUUCGGGCCACCUGAAAACGAGAUGGAGUAAAAACAGUGUCCAGAAUCUACAUUCAUGAAUGUAAAGCAAAAUCUUCUUUAAAGUUCGGCUAUUUGCAAGACAGUUUCUCACCUGGAAAGAGUCAAAUGCAUACAAGUUGAACUUCGGACUCAUUUAACAUGAGGAAGAAAAGAACAUUUUCACUGCUUGGAGCCAUUGCAUGGAAUAUGACAUUAGAAACAAGCAGUCUUAGGGCUGGAAGGGAUCUUGGAGGUCAUUUAGUCUAACCUUCUGCCCAGGACAGGAGACCAUAUACUAUUCCGAACAAAUGGUUGUCCAAUCUUCUUUUGAAAACCUCCAGCAAUGGAGAUUUUUUUCUUCUUGCAACAUAUGCUAGAUCCUUUCUGAACCUGGUUGAAACAUAAUUCCAAAUGUAUUUAACCUUGGCCUCUAUUAAAGAUUAUUAAAGGCAAUGCAUGUUCAAGAAUCAUGGUUUAGUAUGAUGUGAUAAUCCAGUUGCCGUGCUUUGUUGAUUGAAUGGUGGUUUAAUGUUGGUAUGUUGUCCCUUUGACCAAAGAAAGGAAGAAAAAAGGAUAGAGAAUACAAGGGUUAGAAAAAAGCAUCAUUCUACCCUAGCCCUGAAAAAGAUGGCGCAUUAACUAUUACACCCCCCCAUCAUGAAUGAUGGGUAUUGUAGUCGCACCAUGAUUCUUCCCCCUCCUCCCUUCCUUGACCUGGGAGAAGGCAGGCUUUCAAUAACCCAUCCUUCUCUGUCCAUUGAACAUGCUGAUUUGGGGUGGAGAUGGGGUUUGUAGUCCCAACCCAUCUAGAAGGGGACAGCUGGCCAAAGUUGACUUCUGGUUUUUAAGGAUGC